ACACUCAUUCUCAAAACGAAGUGUGGUCAAACCCAUCGAGUCCCCUUCAUUGGAACCACGGGCGACACCCCUCCAAACCUACCUCCCCAGGACCCUUGUCCUUCUGGAUCCCACCCAGACAUCUCCUUCACUUCUUCCCGUCAGUUUGCUCACUUCAUCCGACAGGAGGACGUCACGCUCUACUCAGUGAACGUCAUGGAUCUUCUUCGCUACGAUCCACUCUGUCCCGAGUUUGAGCUCAUCUCACUGGAGCCCGAUCCCCCUGACCCUUCCUCCAUCUUCGCGGCUCCCAUCUCUACAUCCACCCCGCAGCCUGCGGAUACCCCCUCGACAUCCCAGGUUCCUACGCCGUCCACUGCCGAGUCCACCCAUACGUCUCGUGCUGACGCAGACGUUGAGGAACUCAUGCGGUUCACGACUGACUUAGAGCCCGUCAUUCGCGACCUGAUUCGGGAGUACCGCGACGUCUUCCCCCCGUAUUUCUCAUACAGCGGGAUUCCCCCGAUGCGCGGUGUCGAGCAUUCYAUCCAGCUCRUGCCUGACUAUCGUGUUCACCAUCAGGCACCAUACCGACUCUCGAUUCCAGAGGCGACGGAACUCAAGCGUCAGCUUGAGGAGCUCCUUCGACUUGGUUUCAUUAAGCCUAGUAACUCCCCUUGGGGUGCACCUGUCCUCUUUGCUCACAAAGCGGACGAAACUCUCUGCCUCUACAUCGAUUAUCGCGGCCUUAACCGUUACACGGUUAAGAACAGCUAUCCCAUGCCCCGCGCGGAUGAGCUGUUUGACCGUCUGGCAGGCAACCGCUUCUUCACGAAGAUCGAUCUUCGUAGCGGUUACCACCAGAUCCGCGUUGCCGCAGAGGACCAGCCGAAGACCGCCUUUCGGUUGCGCUUCGGCCACUACGAAUUCACGCGCUUACGCAAGCAUGGCUUCUAUGCCAAGCUCAGUAAGUGCCGCUUUGCCCAGCGCAAAGUGGACUUCCUAGGACACCAUGUGUCUAACCAGGGUUUCCACAUGGACGACGCGAAGAUCACUGCUAUUGCAGAGUGGCCCGUCCCCACAUCUGCUAAGCAGCUUCGCAGCUUUCUAGGCCUCAUCAGCUACUAUAGUAAUUUUAUCCAGGGAUACGCUAGGUAUUUCUACGUCCUUACCUCCACCCUCCUCCGGAAGAACCCGCCGUGGUUUUGGACACCCCUCUGCGAGGACGCMUUCCGCGCCCUCAAGAAGGCRGUGACUUGCGCGYYGGUUCUUCGCCUUCCCGAUUUUGAUCGUCCCUUUAUCGUCACCACCGAUGCGUCAGAUUUUGCAGUAGGAGYUGUCCUUUCUYAGGUGUUUCCYUCUCCWCCAGAUUCACCUUACCCCCAUGUUCCUCCUUCCCCCCCCCUUCCUGCUGACACUGCUUCUCGACUGACGCCUAUCCUACCACCACUUCCCUCCACUGACAGUCCUCCCAUUACUUACUCCCCGGCCAUCGCGGAGGACGGGACUGUCGAGGCUCGUGCUGGGGAUUGCCCGAUCGCCUUCUACUCCCGUCAGCUACUGCCUGCCGAGAUAAACUACACUGCCGAUGAACGUGAGGUUCUCGCAGUAGUUUAUGCUACCCGGCAUUGGCGUCAUUAUCUGCACGGGGCGCCCUUCACGGUGCGCACGGACAACUCAGUUGUCCAGGCUUUCCUCACGAAGCCUAAACUUUCCCCUCGACAGGCACGCUGGUGGCGUGACUUAUCCGAGUUCAGUUUCACCACUCAGCCCAUCAAGGGUGAAACGAACUGCGUCACCGAUGCCUUGUCCCGCCGUCCUGAUCACAAUCAGGAACCCAUCCAUCUUGCUGCCAUCUCCAUCACCAGUGUUGAUCAGUCGGUGAUCGACGCGUAUCGCACUCAGUACCGCCACUGCCCCGAUUAUCGCGUCAUCCACGCGACAUUGUGGAGUGGCAAGACCGUUCCUUCCUACUCCCUCGGGGAGAACGGCCUCGUGUACUGGCAUGGCAGAUCUGGUCAGCUAGAACCACGUAUCUGCGUUCCCUCCACCGGACAGCUCCGCGUCCAGGCUGUAGCAGAGUUCCAUGACCAGGCAGCUGCCGGUUAUAUGGGUUUUCACAAGACGUUGGCUCGUGUUUGCCGCCUAUACGUCUGGCCAAAGUCCAAUGACUUUGUCAAAGCCUACAUCCAGGAGUGUCCUACCUGCCAGGAGGUGAACAGUGCAAACCACCUUCCGUAUGGGUUACUUCAGCCCCUACCCAUACCUGAAGGUCGUUGGCAGUCUAUCUCGAUGGAUUUCAUUGGUCCCCUCCGCCCACCCACUCAACGCGGUCAUGAUGCUAUCUUGGUCGUCGUCGAUCGCUUCACGAAGCGUGCACGUUUUGUUBCGUGCCGCUAUCGCAUUAGCGCUCCUGAGGUCGCCGACAUCGGCUUCGACUGAGUCGUGGGAGAUCACGGCUUACCUCAGAGCAUCAUCUCCGACCGUGACCCGCGCUUUACCAGCA